GACUCAGAGAGAUUAUCGAACAGCGACGAUGGACAGGAAGACAUUAUUUUCUUUGUGGGCUCAACUGACCCCUGCUUCCAUCAUGAUGGCGGACAGGGAGUACUACACCGAGGUGACCAGGCUCGUCCCCGCCCCCCCUACUGAGGCCAAGCCCCCGGGCCUUAACCCCCGCUACCCUCGUGGGGCUAGGCUGCCCUGGUUGGCUGCCCCAGCUGGUGGCAGCAACGAGAGGGUCGUCCUCCGCCCCCCGACUGAGGCCAAGCCCCCGGGCCUUAACCCCCGCUACCCUCGUGGGGCUAGGCUGCCCCGGUUGGCUGUGGCUGAGGUGGCUGACGGCCAGGAAGCCUGGAUCCAGGCGGCCCACUCCGACACCGUGUCCCCCCGUGCACGGGCUCUGGGUGCCGCCUCGAGCCAGGAGACUUCCCCGGGCCGAACCCCCCCAGUGGCUGACCCUGACCACCAUCGUGGGUCUAGGCUGCCCCGGUUGGCUGCCCCAGCCGCUGGCGCCAGCGACAGGAUCGUCCUCCGCCCCCCUACUGAGGCCAAGCCCCCGGGCCUUAACCCCCGCUACCCUCGUGGGUCUAGGCUGCCCCGGUUGGCUGCCCCAGCUGGUGGCGCCAACGAGAGGAUCGUCCUCCGCCCCCCUACUGAGGCCAAGCCCCCGGGCCUUAACCCCCGCUACCCUCGUGGGGCUAGGCUGCCCCGGUUGGCUGUGGCUGAGGAGGCUGAUGGCCAGGAAGCCUGGAUCACGGCGGCCCACUCCGACACCGUGUCCCCCCGUGCACGGGCUCUGGGUGCCGCCUCGAGCCAGGAGACUUCCCCGGGCCAAACCCCCCCAGAAGUGGCUGACCCUGACCACCCUCGUGGGGCUAGGCUGCCCCGGUUGGCUGCCCCAGCCGCUGGCGCCAACGAGAGGAUCGUCCUCCGCCCCCCUACUGAGGCCAAGCCCCCACAUAGACCCCCAGUGUCCUUCACAGUGGAUCUGCGGGACGCCCCGCUGAGCUCCGCCCCCUCGUCCCGGAACGCCGCUGCCUCUGCCCGCCGCCGGGCACUCGGAGGCGCCGAGGCGGACCUCUCUGGGACGGAGCGCUCCCAGACUGCCAACGGCCAGAGGUCCCAGGCCCCAGGCAGGAUCGUCCUCCGCCCCCCUACUGAGGCCAAGCCCCCGGGCCUUAACCCCCGCUACCCUCGUGGGUCUAGGCUGCCCCGGUUGGCUGUGGCUGAGGAGGCUGACGGCCAGGAAGCCUGGAUCCAGGCGGCCCACUCCGACAGCGUGUCCCUCUGUGCACGGGCUCUGGGUGCCGCCUCGAGCCAGGAGACUUCCCCGGGCCAAACCCCCCCAGAAGUGGCUGACCCUGACCACCCUCGUGGGACUAGGCUGCCCCGGUUGGCUGCCCCAGCCGCUGGCGCCAACGAGAGGAUCGUCCUCCGCCCUACUGAGGCCAAGCCCCCACAUAGACCCCCAGGUGAACAAGUAGUACACUUUAUUGUAGUACAAAUAUAAUUGAAGCAUACAAAAGUUAUUCCAAGUAUAUUUGUUGCUUUAAAGUAUGCUUAACGUGUACUUUUAAACAGUGUCCUUCACAGUGGAUCUGCGGGACGCCCAGCUGAGCUCCGCCCCCUCUUCCCGGAACGCCACUGCCUCCGCCCGCCGCCGG